GGGUAAUGCUAAGGUAAGGUAGGCCUAAGAAUUACAAUUCUUAGGCCUCUUUUAUUUGAGGUGCUUCCGGGUUGAAUUUUUUGAUGAAAUUUUGUAAGCAUGUUCUCCAUGGAUUGAAGAUUAUGUCCACCAAGUUUCACAAUAAAAUUCAAUCUGGAAGUCAUUUAAAUAAAUUAUUUAUAAAAAAUUGCAUUUUAUAUAUGUAAAACCCUGCACAAUUUUGAAAAAAUUAUUUAACCGUCUUCCCGAUUGAAUUUUAAUCUGAAAUUUGGUGGGCAUAGUCAACACUUCAUGGAGAACAUGCUCACAAAAUUUCAUCAAAAAAUAUGACCGGGAAGCACCUCAAAUGAAAGAGGCCUAAGAAUUUCAAUUCUUAGGCCUACCUUACUUGAACAUUUUCCUAUAUAUAUAUAUAUAUAUAUGGUGUGUAGCAUAUAAUGGGCACACAACUAUUUUUUACCCAAGGAAGUAGGGUGUCGAACCACAGAGAAGCGGGAAAUAAAAUAAUUAAGCACAAACUAAGGAUUAAAGUUGGAAGUGCGUUUCUUUUGAUUUUUUUUUGGUUGCUUGGAAAAGUAAUAAAAUAAAAGUGAUUGAGAUGAGAGAUUUUUAUCAACACAAAGUUCAACCAAUAGCAAGUAGGGGUAGAAAUUGGUAACUAAUUGUUCAAUGUUUAAUUGAAAGAAAUAAUUGCUAAUUUUAUUCGUAGAUAGAUUGUGAGAAGUUGUGGAUAAGUAUUUUAGGACCCAACACAAGUCAUCUAAAAUAAGUAACUAGUCAACAUUUCCCAGUGAUGGCCAAAACGAGACUAGUUGUUUAAGUGCAACGACAACCUUAAUUAUUAACUAUAUUAUUUACCCAACCCCGUGGUGUAAAUAAUAUAAUUAAAUAAUUAAAUUCCCCCGUAAAACUUCAAUCCGGGACAAGGUAAAAGAAGUUUAACGGUGUGUUCAGAAAGUGUUCAUUUGUGUAUUUAACAAACAAUAUGUUUAUGAUUGAGUACUCAUAAUAUAUAUCACAAACAUAACUUAAUUAAUUUUCUGGACACAACAAUCUAAAUAGAACAAACUUAACAAUUAAAAUCAAUACAAAUUAAAACAUGAUAAGAACAAUUAAUUAACCAAUUUCUAGCCCCAAAUUUAUUUAGCUAUACAUGUUUGGAAGCAUAGAAAUAGAUGAAUCCAUAAUUAAAGUACAAGAUUUAAUGAGAUAAGGAAGAUCAAACUUGUGAUAGAUGACAAUCCUUGAAGCUUUGGUGCUAAUCUUGACUUAAUCUUGGAUAAGGAAGUGAUUAGUUGUGGUUGAAGAUGGGUUGAUGAUUUGGAAGUGAAGAAUGAAGAGAGAAGGAGGAGGAAAUGAUUCUGGGAGGUGUAGAGAGAAGUUGGCUCGAGAUUAUGUGUGGAAGGAGAUGGAUUAAGCCAUAUAAUGAUAAGAUAAUUAAUCAUUAAUCUGCAGGAAUUUACGGAAGUGAAGAGUAUAUGUACAAGAAAACGCAGUAUUGUUCCAACAGUGCGUAGUAGCUCAGUGGACGAGUGUCUUAUGGGAAUGCUCGAAGGUCACGGGAUCCAUUCUCAGCUUCAACAUUUUGUUCUUCUUUUCUUUGCUGCGUUCAGAAGGAAUAUAAGAAUUGCCAGCUGACUUUUAGCAAUAGUGACAAUUGGUUCGCUGGUUGAUUCCAUCUGCUAUCUUUCCAAUGACCUGGGUUCGAAUCCCAGAGGUCUUUUUUUACUUUCCUUCUCUUUUCUCCAAUUUUUCUUCUCAUUUGCUUUCAAAGGAACUUCUCUUUUAUUAACCUUCAACUAGAACUUUUAUUUUCUUCUUUUUAUCACACUCAAAUGUGUCCAAGUAGCAUCAAAUAUACCUGAAAAUAUAAAAUACCCGUAUAGAACUGCACUAAUACAAACUAACGACAAAUAAUAAAAAUAUGUACAAAAGUAGAACUUUAAUAACUAAAAUUAACAACAAACUAAGCUUAAAAAGUGUGUAAAAUAUGAGCACAUCAAAUCCCCCACACUUAGGCUUUUGCUUGUCCUCAAGCAAAAUAAACAACAAACACAAAAAUAUACACAAUUUGGUAAAAUUUACAAACAUAACUAAACAAAUCACACAUACACCUCUAAUGUCCACUAAACGGUCCAAUACCCUGAAAUGUCACAAAAUAACUCAAUGAGAGUAAACCGAGUAUUAUUGCCUAUCACUAAGAUUUUCAAAUCAAACUUUUAACACAAACACCUAUAGAUCUGAAUUAGUUCGGGUUAUGCAGAACAAGUUUCUCCAAUUAACAUAAUUCAAAAAAUGACACAAAUAGAUCAAUUAGGACUUUUCGGGUUUUGGCGAGGUUAAUGAUGUGGCUAGUGGAAAGAAAGGUUUGGUGUAGGGAUUUACAAAAGAGUUAGAUUGCACUUAUACUGAGCGGAUAAUCACAUGAAUUUACAAGAACUUGGAGCAUACAAAACAAUGAGAAAUAUAAACAUGAAAAGGAAGUAAAAAUGGGGUUUUACAGAAGAAAUCACAACAAGAAAUUAAUGUGCCUCUUUGUUUUUGUUUUUUUUUUUGUUUUUUUUUUUCUUUUUUUUUCUUUUUUUUUCUUUUCUUUUUUUUUUUUGAACUUUUUUUUAAGAAGGCACACACUAAAUAUUACAAUGAAAAACUAACCCCAAAAUUUACAAACAAAUAUGUACAUCACUAAUAUGACACUUAACAGAAGCUCCAUUUUAUCCACUCUCAAGUAACAAUACAAACUACUCUAGGGUUGAAACAAAAAUGACUUGGGUAGGAUUUCACAAGGUUAUGUAUUUACAAGGUCACAAGAAAAAUUAGUAACAAGUGAAGUAAGUUAUUUUACACUUGUACACUGAAAAGGCUCAAACAGGGUUACUAGGGGAAGUGUUAUUUAUUUACAAAGGGAUAGUGUUUGGCUUGAUGGGUAAACAAAGAUGGCCUAAAUCAUUUCUACUGUGUCAACUUCAAAUCAAAUUUUCAAGGAGAAUAAAUGUAUAAACAUCUUAAACUGCAUAAACUUUCACUAAUUCAACUAUUAAACCAAUAAAUUGGAAAAAUAAAAUCUAAGGUGUUUAAUGUUAAAUUGUUAAAAAGAAUCAAGUUCAAAGCUCAUACUAAGUUACUCUCAAUCAAAUUACAGUGACACUUCUCAAACUCAAACCACAUUUCGUCAAAAGAGAUGAAUGAAUAAUUUAAAAAAUUAUGGAGGUAACUAGUAACAAAAAGUGUAAACUAAUGUGUUGCUGAUCUAUUGUUGCAUUUUGGACAAGAAUGGUCUUUAUUCACAAGAAAACACACAAAAUAAAAAUAAAACAAAAUCACACAAGCACACAAGAAAAAAAAAACAUAUUCACACAAGAAAUCAGGGUUGAACUACCCACUCCCCCACACUUAAAAUUUGCACUGUCCUCAGUGGAAAAGAAAUUAAAGGAGUGUAAAGAAAACUUCCCUGAAGUGCGGCCGAAUCUGGAAUUGUUUAUCCGCAUGACGUUUGGAGAUCCCUUUGAGCGGAUGUGGCCCCUUUAGAGUCCAAAGAAAUAAAGAAAACCUAGACUAAUCUUUUUUUUUUUGACUUUUUUUUGUUUUUUUUUUUUGAGAAAUUUACAAACUUGGGUUGCCUCCCAAGAAGCGCUCGUUUAAGGUCAUUAGCUUGACCCAUGCCUUUCAUUCAUAUUCUGGAUCAAUGAGGCAAUACACAGAAGUUGCCUCUUGUCUCUCACUUUGGGUGCUUUUCCUUUGAUAUUCAAGGAUUGAUCUUCAAGAUUAAGCACUUCAAAUUUAAGUGCUUUAGGCAUUGGUAAAAAUAUGCUUUGCAACAUUUCGAGACAUAAAUUCACCAUUUCAUUGGCUUGCUCAUCUUCAAUAGAUUCGUGUAUGGUGUACUCCAUGGGAUCUUUGGAAAGCCGAUACGACUCAUCAAAUGUGUUAGUAGUACAAGAGUCUAUAACAUCAGCAUAGUAACCAUCAAGGACACAAGGUGUAUCCUUACUCAGCUCUUUUACAUUGAAUUCGAUCUUAUCAUCCCCAAUCUCAAGGAUAAGGGUACCCUUUUUGACGUUUAUAAUUGCUCCUGCCGUAGCUAGAAAAGGUCUCCCGAGAAUAACAGGAACUCGAGCAUCUUCUUCCAUAUCCAAGACAACAAAGUCUCCUGGGAUAUAAUACUUGUCAAUUUUGAUAGGAACAUCUUCAAGAAUGCCGAUAGGAUAUUUGACAGAUCGAUCAGCCAAUUGUAAUGCCAUUGUUGUUGGUUUGGGAUCCCCCAAGUGUAGCUUUUGACAUAGUGAAUAAGGAAUUAAGCUGACACUUGCACCAAGAUCACAAAGAGCUUUGUUAACUUUGGAUCCACCAAUGGUACAUGGAAUUGAGAAGCUUCCAGGAUCACGUAACUUCGGUGUGAUCUUAUUUUGGAUGAUGGCACUGCAUUCUUGACUCAUUGCAACAGUAGCUGGAUUCUCCUUCUUCUUUGUGAGAAUAUCUUUGAGAAAUUUAGCAUAUGAAGGAAUUUCUGUAAUGGCAUCAAGCAAAGGAAUUGAGAUAUCCAAUUGCUUGAUAACAUUCAAAAAUUUAGUUCUCCGCUCCUCCAUAUUAGCUUUCUUCAAUCUGUUCGGAUAAGGAACUGGGGGAAUGUAUUUCCUUACCGGACUUUCUCUUUGUUUCUUUGAUCCUUCAUGGUCAUCAGUUGAUUUCGGCAUGGUACCGACAUCAUGUUCAUUGUUGUUGUUUCCACCUUUCUGUUGUUGCACGAUCCCUUCCUCCAACAUUUCAUGUUCUUGUUCAUCAUUAGAAAGGGGCAAGGAUUGAUGUUGUUUCCUACUCCGAGUAGUGACAACAUUGAUUUGCUCCCUCGGGUUUUCGGGGCAAGCAGGGAGCUUACCCGUCACCUUAGUCGAUGAUGUGGAUGCUUGAUUAGCAAUUUGAUUCUCAAGCAUCCUGUUGUGAGCCCGGAGUUGACCAAGUUCUUCAGUGAUUUGUUUCAGGGUUUCAGCUUGAGAUAGUUGGGACUUGAGAAGUUGGUCAACAAUGUUUUCUAGGACGGGAGUUUGGGUUGUUUCAGGAGUGGGAAGAAGUGGUUUUUGUUGUUGACUUGAAGGGUAUGGAAGAUUUUGAGUGGGUUUAUAUUGUUGCUGGUUCACAAUACCUUGGCCACCUCUGAAUUGUUGUUGUUGAUUUUGGAAACCUGGUGGUGCACUUCGGUAAGUUUGUUGUGGAUUAGCAGCUCCAUUUUGAUUGCUCCAGGAAAAACCGGGAUGGUUUCUUCCUUGAGGAUUGAAAUUACCAAACUGAUUUUGUUGGGGCUGCGUAUUGUAGUUGACAUAGUCAACUUGUUCCAUUGAUCCCCAUGGACAAGUGGACUGAUUGUGUUGUCCACCGCAAGAUCCACACAUAAGAACGGGAAUAGGAGUUGGUGUUGAUGCAGGGUUUUGCACAAGAGAGACUUGUGCCAUCUUUUGGAUCAGAGUCAUAAUGUUAUCGACCUUUGUGGUUAUGGUCGACAUUUGAUCAACUUCGUGCAUGCCUCCAAUUUUUGGUGGAGCAGAUGAUCGCUCAGAAUACCAUGUUGAUCCAUUUGAUGAAAUGCGCUCCAUCAAUUCUUCUGCCUCUUCAAGUUCCAGGCACAUGAAUGAUCCAUUUGCUGACGCGUCCACAAGUAUCCGAGAAUUUUCACUUAGGCCUUCAUAGAAAGCAGUCAUCAAGUGCCAGUUUUGGAUGUUAUGAUGUGGACACUGUCGCUGGAGAUCUUUGAAUCUUUCCCAAGCCUCAUAGAGGGGCUCAUUGGGAUUUUGUUUGAAAUUUUGAAUCAUUCUCCGGAUUUUCGCCGUUUUAGAUGGCGGAAAAAAUCUUUUGAGAAAUUCACCAUGAAGUUGAUCCCAAGUGGAGAAGUGAUUGUCUGGAAAAGAGUCAAGCCAACUCUGAGCUCGAUCCCGUAGAGAGAAUGGGAAUAGGCGUAGUCUGACAGCAUCAGAUGGCACACCAUUGAUUUUGAAGGUGUUGCAAGCUCGAAGGAACUUUGUGAUGUGAUUAUUUGGAUCCUCCGUUGGCGCUCCGCCAAAUCGAUCAUUUGAAACCAUGUGGAUGAUAGCAGGCUUGAUUUCAAAUUGGUUCAUGUUAACCUCCGGUGGAAUAACACUGUCAUGCUCAUCCACGGGAGGCGUAACAUAAUCAUACAACGGUUUCCUGGUCCUUGUAAGCUGAUCCACGAUUUGUUGAUCUGGUUCCUGCUCAUUUACAACAACAUCGUUUGACAUUUUUUUUUAUUUUUUUUCUGUUCACGUAUGUGCUUUUCAAUGUCAGAGAAGAAUAACAAUUCACAAUUUUCACCACGUGAACGUGUAAGCAUAAGCAGAAGGGAAUCGGGAUUGGGAAAAGAGAGAAAGAGAGAGAUGAAAAGAAAAGAAAAAUUGCGGAAUUAAUUAAUUAAUUAAGGUUCGCACGUAGUCAAUUGGUAUAAACCGAAUAAGACUAGUGAGCCCUUAAAGCAGUAUUAAUAUAUACAGUAAUUCACCAGGAUGCGGUAGGGCCGACAGAUAUGGUGAAUUGAGAAGAAGAAAAAAAAAACUACAGUAAUAAAUACAGUCUCCACCAAGAUGCAGCUGUGCCGACAGUCUGGGGAUUAUUAAGAAAUAAAUUAAAAAGUGCACGCCACCAACAAGCGGACACGGCCGACAAGCUUGGGGAUGCAAAAUAAAAAAAAUGCUGAAAUUAAAGUGCGGAAAUUAAAUUGCGAUAAUUAAAGUGCAUAAAUUAAAUUGCGAUAAUUAAAGUGCAAAAAUUAAAAAGUUGGGGUUUUAACCACCAUAAAAAGAAAAAUAAACGGUCCGACCAUAUAGGCGGAGUAUCCUUUAAAUUAUUAUGUACAAGUAAACGGUCCGACCAUAUAGGCGGAUUAUCCGUUGAAUUAAUAUGUACAAAUUAGCGGUCCGACCAUAUAGGCGGAUUAUCCGUUGAAUUAAAAUGUGACAAUAUGUCCAAUGGUCCAAAUGUCCAGAUAUAUGUUCAGUCAAAGUGUCCAACUCCAAUGCUCAGAUAAGGUAAUUAAUCACAGUUCAUUUUUUUUUUUUGAACUUUAAUUAAUCACUCCUAUUUUUUUUUGUAUUUUUUUUUUUGAACCUGCAAAAGGAAACAAGAUAACAACAAAAUAAUAUACACACAAUUUACAAUAACUAAAACCAAAAGUUCAUGCUUUCAAUUUUUUUUUUUCAAAACCGCUUCCCCGGCAACGGCGCCAAGUUGGUGUGUAGCAUAUAAUGGGCACACAACUAUUUUUUACCCAAGGAAGUAGGGUGUCGAACCACAGAGAAGCGGGAAAUAAAAUAAUUAAGCACAAACUAAGGAUUAAAGUUGGAAGUGCGUUUCUUUUGAUUUUUUUUUGGUUGCUUGGAAAAGUAAUAAAAUAAAAGUGAUUGAGAUGAGAGAUUUUUAUCAACACAAAGUUCAACCAAUAGCAAGUAGGGGUAGAAAUUGGUAACUAAUUGUUCAAUGUUUAAUUGAAAGAAAUAAUUGCUAAUUUUAUUCGUAGAUAGAUUGUGAGAAGUUGUGGAUAAGUAUUUUAGGACCCAACACAAGUCAUCUAAAAUAAGUAACUAGUCAACAUUUCCCAGUGAUGGCCAAAACGAGACUAGUUGUUUAAGUGCAACGACAACCUUAAUUAUUAACUAUAUUAUUUACCCAACCCCGUGGUGUAAAUAAUAUAAUUAAAUAAUUAAAUUCCCCCGUAAAACUUCAAUCCGGGACAAGGUAAAAGAAGUUUAACGGUGUGUUCAGAAAGUGUUCAUUUGUGUAUUUAACAAACAAUAUGUUUAUGAUUGAGUACUCAUAAUAUAUAUCACAAACAUAACUUAAUUAAUUUUCUGGACACAACAAUCUAAAUAGAACAAACUUAACAAUUAAAAUCAAUACAAAUUAAAACAUGAUAAGAACAAUUAAUUAACCAAUUUCUAGCCCCAAAUUUAUUUAGCUAUACAUGUUUGGAAGCAUAGAAAUAGAUGAAUCCAUAAUUAAAGUACAAGAUUUAAUGAGAUAAGGAAGAUCAAACUUGUGAUAGAUGACAAUCCUUGAAGCUUUGGUGCUAAUCUUGACUUAAUCUUGGAUAAGGAAGUGAUUAGUUGUGGUUGAAGAUGGGUUGAUGAUUUGGAAGUGAAGAAUGAAGAGAGAAGGAGGAGGAAAUGAUUCUGGGAGGUGUAGAGAGAAGUUGGCUCGAGAUUAUGUGUGGAAGGAGAUGGAUUAAGCCAUAUAAUGAUAAGAUAAUUAAUCAUUAAUCUGCAGGAAUUUACGGAAGUGAAGAGUAUAUGUACAAGAAAACGCAGUAUUGUUCCAACAGUGCGUAGUAGCUCAGUGGACGAGUGUCUUAUGGGAAUGCUCGAAGGUCACGGGAUCCAUUCUCAGCUUCAACAUUUUGUUCUUCUUUUCUUUGCUGCGUUCAGAAGGAAUAUAAGAAUUGCCAGCUGACUUUUAGCAAUAGCGACAAUUGGUUCGCUGGUUGAUUCCAUCUGCUAUCUUUCCAAUGACCUGGGUUCGAAUCCCAGAGGUCUUUUUUUACUUUCCUUCUCUUUUCUCCAAUUUUUCUUCUCAUUUGCUUUCAAAGGAACUUCUCUUUUAUUAACCUUCAACUAGAACUUUUAUUUUCUUCUUUUUAUCACACUCAAAUGUGUCCAAGUAGCAUCAAAUAUAUCUGAAAAUAUAAAAUACCCGUAUAGAACUGCACUAAUACAAACUAACGACAAAUAAUAAAAAUAUGUACAAAAGUAUAACUUUAAUAACUAAAAUUAACAACAAACUAAGCUUAAAAAGUGUGUAAAAUAUGAGCACAUCAAUAUAUAUAUAUAUAUAUAUAUAUAUAUAUAUAUAUACUCCUCCGUUCUUUAAUAAGUGCAACACAUUCCUUUUUCGGAAGUUUCAAAUUAAAUGCAACCUUUCUAUUUUGAGAAAGAAACAUUAGGCAAAUUUCCUUCUAUACCCUUAAUUGUUUACGCACAAUCCGAUCUUUACCUACUUUAUCUGACACUUUCUUCUACCUUCUCCAUUCACCGCCAUCCACCAAUUCCAAUUUCAUCCUGCUUACAGCCUCUCCAUCUUCCGUUUUAUCUUUUCAUCUGCUCACCCAACCAAAAUUACUUUCAUCUUCCCACCAUCAUCUACUUUCAUCACCAACUCAACCGUUUCUCUAAUUCUUUUCGUAUCAUCUUCAUCUUUAAUUUUUUUUCCUCUGGUUAGUAUUUUAGUUACCGUCGAAAUGGAAGACAUGGAUGUCGAUGAAACCGAUUUUGCUCCUGUUACGAGAAUAUGCUUGAGGCUUUGUGAAUUAAUGCUUUGGUUAAUUAUGAGGGGCCAUGGAUUCUGAUUCGACUUGGAAUUAUUGUUUGUAGCCGAUAGACUAUUUCAGCAGUUGAAGAAUUACCUAUACUUCGCCGGACGGCCGGACCUGUAACCGAAAAUCAUCUUACCUCUCGUUUCUCACUUCUUAGCACCGACCCUCCUGUUCUUGCUUGAGGAAUUUUUUUUGGACUUUGUCGACUGUUGUCCACUAUUACACACUGUAGCAAUUUAUUUGGGCAGCUGUGGUUUCCGUAUAAUGAAGGGUAAAAGUGGCAAGUUCAACACUAAUUCAUUGCCUC